AUGGAGUGGAGACAAAAUGAAUCAGCUUGGAGCAUUGGGUGCACCUUAUAUGGCCACCUCAUUAAUUGAUAGUAGCAAGCUCUAGAUCUCCCAUAUCUCCCACUCAAGAUCUCUGUCCCCUCCUCAUUCAUUUCUUUUUCUUUACAAGGACAAACACACCCACACACCCUCUUCUUCUUCCUUCUGCCAAAUUAAACCUCUCUCUCUUUCCUUAUUUUUUCUCUUACAUAUGGAAACAUGUCUGUUAUUUCCUUUUAUACUAAAAUCACUUGCGGGUUGAGCUUUUAUAUAUAGCCAGCUAGCUAGGGUUUUUACAGAUUCUUUGCUGAGAUGAAGAAUAUGGAAUAUUAUUAUUGGGUUUUGAUAGGUUUCUCCAUUUUUGUGGGAUAUUGCUGGUUUUUGUUCAAGAAAGAGAACGAGAAGAAGAAAAAAAUAUUCAAGAAAAGUGAAGUUCCCAAAGGAAACUUGGGUUGGCCUUUUCUUGGUGAAAGUUUAGAUUUCAUUUCUUGUGGUUACACUUCUCGACCUGUUAGUUUCAUGGAGAAGCGCAAAUCUUUAUAUGGGAAGGUGUUUAAAACACAUAUUCUUGGAACACCAAUCAUAGUAUCAACAGAUCCAGAAGUGAACAAAGUGGUAUUACAAAACCAUGGCAAUGUGUUUGUUCCUGCUUAUCCUAAAUCAGUAAGGGAAUUAUUUGGAGACUUUUCUAUUCUUCAAAUGACUGGAACUCAACAUAAAAGACUCCAUGCACUUUCUGCUGGUUUCUUGAGAUCACCACUGCUUAAAUCAAAAAUUACCAAAGACAUUGAAGUUUCUGUCAAACAAGCAUUAGCUUCUUGGCAAAACAAGCAUCAUGUACUUCUCCAAGAAGAAAUAAAAAAGGUUACAUUUCAAGUUCUGGUUAAAGUAGUAAUGGGAAUUGGUCCAGGUGAUGAGUUGGACUUCCUGAAGAGAGAAUUUGAAGAGUUUAUGAAAGGGUUAAUCUGCUUACCAGUCAAACUUCCAGGCACAAGGCUAUAUAAAUCUUUGAAGGCCAAAGAAAGGUUGUUGAAGAUGGUGAAGAAAAUUAUAGAGGAAAGGAUAAUAGCUAUGGAGAAAUAUGAAGGCAAGGGUAUUAUAGUUAACGACGUUAUAGACUUGCUUUUACGUGACAAUGGUGAAGAAAACGAGAAGCAAUCUCCACUGUUGGAUUACAUCUGCAGUAAUAUUAUAGAGAUGAUGAUCCCAGGAGAAGAAACUAUGCCUACGGCUAUGACCCUGGCUGUCAAAUUCCUCAGUGACUGCCCUGUCGCUCUAAACCAAAUCACGGAGGAGAACAUGGAAUUGAAGAGGCAGAAGGCUGAAUCUUGUGAUGAUUACAAUUGGACCGACUAUAUGUCCUUGCAAUUCACCCAAAAUGUGAUUAGUGAAACUCUUAGAAUGUCAAAUAUCAUUAAUGGAGUUUGGAGGAAAGCUAACAAAGAUGUAGAAAUUAAAGGCAAUUUUAUUCCAGAAGGAUGGUGUGUGUUGGCAUCAUUUAUUUCUGUUCAUAUGAGCAAAGAAAAUUAUGAGAACCCUUAUCAGUUUGAUCCAUGGAGAUGGGAGAAAACAGGAGCUGCUGUUAAUAACAACUGCUUUACACCAUUUGGUGGUGGACAAAGACUAUGUCCUGGAUUAGAACUAUCAAGGCUUGAACUUUCGAUAUUCCUUCACCAUCUUGUCACUACUUGCAGAUGGACAGCUGAAAAUGAUGAAAUUGUUUACUUUCCAACGGUCAAGAUGAGGAAGAAGCUACCUAUCACAAUCACAACCAGAGACUCUAUCUCCAUUAAUUAACUUCAGUGUUAAUGCUCCUUUGGCAUUAAAUUUAUUGCUAAUAGCAGAAUUAUUUAUAGGUUUUAUUUAAAAAAAAAAAUGAUUCUUUAUAGUUUUUGAAGUGAAAUAUGCUAUUGAUAAUAGAAAAAGUAAAUUCUCGUUGAGGAAAAA